CUAUCAGUUUAUGAUAGUGGUUGACGACAAGCAGUUUUGAUUAUACGGCCAGCUCACGUUGUUUGUGUUGUUCUUUCAUUGAAGCUUAUUGAACAACAUUGUUCCCUUCUACUUUUCGGUGGGUCUGUAUUUAAUUUAUAUCGUAUACGAAACGUGCUUACAUAAUCGCAUAGUACAAAACCGGGUUGUGGCCAUUCAUUGUUUGAAAAUGCAACUGUUCCGCGGAAUCCAACGUUUGUCACCUACUGCGCAGCUCCUGCGAAACAUGUCGUCCGGAGCGGAACGUACCGUCAUCUGUGAGGACAUUAGCAAGGAUAAGGGGUUGAUCACUUUGAACCGGCCUAAGGCACUGAAUGCCAUUAAUUUGGACAUGGUUCGCCAAAUUUCCGCCGCAAUGAAAGGUUGGCGAGACACGAAAAAUUUGGUAAUCAUAAAAGGUGCCGGAGAAAAAUCUUUCUGUGCCGGCGGUGAUGUUCGAGCUGUAACGGAAAACGGCCCAACUGAAUCUUCGAAGGCAUUUUUUCGUGAGGAAUAUCGUUUAAAUGAACUCAUUUCGAGCUACCGCCCCGAGUAUGUGGCUCUCAUUGAUGGAAUUACAAUGGGUGGCGGUGUAGGAUUGUCCGUGCACGGCAAGUAUCGGGUUGCCACCGAAAGGACAAUGUUUGCCAUGCCAGAAACGGCAAUCGGCCUUUUCCCAGACGUCGGUGGAAGCUUCUUUCUUCCCAGGCUGCAAGGAAAACUUGGACUUUAUCUGGGACUAACUGGUUUCCGACUUAAGGGUAAAGAUGUUCUGAAAGCUGGAGUCGCCACUCACUAUGUCGACAGCAAGGAUAUUGAAGCUCUGCAGCAAGCCUUAUUUGCCACAAAUAACAGCACCGAGGUUGCAAACGUUCUGGAAAAAUUUAACGUUAAAGAUAAUUCCGAGUUUAUUCUGGCCAAACACCUGAAACAGAUCAACGAAUGCUUCAGUGGCGAAACUAUAGAGGCAAUCAUUUCUAACCUCAACAAAGACGGAUCUGAUUGGGCCAAGUCAACUUUGAACACAUUGUCCAAAAUGUCCCCCACAUCUCUGAAGGUCACCAAAAAACAGUUGGAGAUUGGAGCAACUUUGAAUCUUCGUUCGUGCCUCAAAAUGGAGUUCCGGAUGGCCGUGCACAGUGUGACCGAUAGCGAUUUCAAGGAAGGUGUCCGUGCAAUGUUGGUCGAUCGUGAUAACAACCCCAAGUGGAACCCGGCCACGCUUAAUGACGUCAACUCACAACAGGUGGAUCGGUUUUUUGGUCCAUUGCCUUGUGGAGAUGAACUGGUUUUUGAGGAUGAAAUUAAAGCCAACCUGUACUGCCGUUGGACGCAUAAUUGUCACAUGUGACAUUUCGACGUUUUUCACUUUUUGAUGCCAAUCGUCAUAAUUUGAUACGUAUUAUUGAAAUUCUUUGUCGAAACAUAAAGUUUAUUCUAGAAAUUUUGAGAAAAAUUCAAAGCCAAAUUGUCACACUGGGACAAAUGGACGCAUAACUGUCACACUGAGACGAUUGGACGCAUAUUUGUCACACUAAAGAAAUGAACGUAUUAUAACUUCGGAACGCCUCAAUAGAUUUUCACCAAACUUGGCACAUGUGUCCUAGAUGGUCGGGAGGGGAUCACGGCGAUAUAAAGAGGGGGAGGGGACACUGUUUUCGCGGAAACCCAGCAUGUGCAAGAAAAACUCUGCCAACUGCUUCGGAUUCGUUGCUGGCACUUGGAAGAGUGCAUGUAAACGUAACCCGCUUCACAACAUUAGUCAAAUUGUUAUUCUUCCGGCGCCGUGAGACAGUUCCACCGUAAUCAUCAAUUGUCUAGGAUGGCUAUAUGUGAUUGACGGUGGUUUUAGCAGACCAUUUCUUUUUGGUUUUGUUUUGAUUUUUUUUUAUUUUGACACACCUAGCAAAAUACCGGAGAUGUCUGUUUAAUGUUUAAUGUUUACGAACUAUUCCGCCAGAAUUACUUCAUCCGGAACUUGUCCCAAGACCGUAUUCACUGCAAACGGAUUGAUUGUCCUCUUCUGGUAACGUUUCUCUCGCGGUUGCGACGUUUUCAGCACGGCAGUUGACAGUUAGUUGAAGAAAUGUUGCUUUUUGUAAAGUGAUUGAGCUGCCGCAAAUUGCUCCCCCGUGCCGUUUUAUUGAUCGAUCAUGUUUGACACCAGAUAGUUUAAAUUUUCGAAUAAUCCGAUUCAGACCUGAUUUUUUUAAAUUAAGCUUCUAUUUACGAAUAAAACACGAGGGCCAAACACGAAAUGCCAAACCAAACAACUUCUGUGAAAAUGUUCGUGGUGUGACAAAUAUGCGUCCAUUUUUCGACUUUUCAAAGAAUUUCGCGGCAUAAAUGUCACACAACGAUUUUCAUUGAAAAAACCGUUCAUUUUCGAAAAAUUUGACCGAGGCUCACAUGAUAGGAGUAUACUAUAGAGAUCCAUGGCAUUGAAGUCAACAAAAAUUGCGAAACUGUGCGAGGACAGCAAAAUGUUUUUGUGAUACUUUGAUCGCGUUUUUCUCGCUUUGCCUUUUUGUAACAUGUGACAAUUAUGCUUCCAACGGCAGUGUAGGAACGGGGAAAAAAAGUUCCGAUAUAUCCAGUGGUGAUGGAAAACCCAAGUGCAUUUAUUAGUUUUUUUAUAAUUAUAUUCCGUUGGAAGUUAAGACCAAUAAAGAAUGAAAUUCUUUUAUAAAAA